CGGCUCCACACGUUGGUCCCAACGCUCGUACCAAAGUUGGACAGCAAAUUAGGUGAGGCGUACACACGUUGGCUAAUAAACUAGUUCUGUCCCGUCAGGGCCAAUGUGAAGAUGUCCGAUACAGAAAUCGAAACUGCUCUGAGCGCUUUUAUAGUACUGAGUGCACAUUUAUAUUUGUUACUGAGAAAAUAUAAAAAGCCACGACAAAGAAGAUGGUGGAUGACGACACAUCAUAAAACACGGAAUCAGUAUGAUGGAACCCGAUUAUUGAGUAAUUUGAUUCAAGAGCCAUCAGGACAGUUUGAUAACUUUUGUCGUAUGUCUUCGAUAGAUUUCGAAUACCUUCUGCAGUUGAUUGGACCAAGAAUAAAAAAGCAAGAUGCAGUAUUCAGAGACUCAAUACCAAGCAAAGUACGCCUUGCUGUUGCUAUUGUUCAUGCCGGUGACGAUUUUGUGGAUGAGGAAGCCAUUCUCGCUCGAAGUACGCACUCGCUGCGUGUUGCAUUUGUUGCAACAGAACUGCGCAAAGCGCCAACGUGUGGACAGAUCGCGUGCGUUGGCGCAGAUUCCUUUGAUGAAACCGACACAAGGCGGCCAACUACCAACGCUCGCACCAACGUUGGGACCAAUGCCAUUUUCUAGAUCCACACGUUGGACAAGUAGCGUUGGGGCCUAUAUUGGGGCCAACGUGUGGAGCCGGCGUAAAGCUU